GAGGAUCGCUUCUUCUGAGAAAUGCUAACAUAGCCAACUUCAAAGCUUCUCAUAGGCCAAUUCAUAUCAUCAGCAAUCCAGGGUUUAAAUACAUCAUUGAGGGAGUUAUAUUAACCUGAGUCACGGCGCACCGUCUAUGGCCCGUGACGGAACGGGCAAAAACGGUGAGGGAGGAGCGACCUUCUCAAAUUGAACAGUAAUCGGUGCCGCUUUAUCAUGUCGUCAACAAGGCAGCAUGAUGCACCGUCCAGAAUAAUAAAACAUAUUUUCCAUGAAGGUGCCUAGGCUACAUAGCCUAGCCUAGGCUACAUCACUUUUGUGUUGAGCCACAUGUGAUGCAUUAUAUUGACCAGUAAAUAACAAUGAAAAUAAAUGUUUUAGGCAGUCGGAGGAAGCAAGACCAGGUGGGACCAUUCUGAUCUAGCCAAUGAGAGGCAGAUAAACCUGACAACAGGAACAACUCCGAUAUAAAGGGUUUUUUUUCGUCAAAAUUGCUGGGAUGUCACGUGUCCUACUUAUAUCAGUGCACUCAUAGCAACAUGAGCAUUUCGAAACUUCUAAUCGAUAAAAUAAACCACACGUAGCAAAUAAACCAUGCAUCUUUUUUUGUUAACCAAAUUCGACACAUUGACCUCUAUACAAAAACACGCCACCUGCCGAAGGCAGAUUUUGGGCACAGUUAUCCCUCUUCUCUGUUUGAGCCGAUUUCGCCGUGGGCUUUGAACGCGACACGUGGCUCACCCGGUAGGCAUUCCCGUAACACAACUGUUUAUUUUUUAUUUUUAACCCGGUGUAAACUCCUCUCACCGGUGUAAUCGAAUUCCCUCAGUGGCGGUAGGAUGAGAGGAUCAAAGUGCCACAACAACGACUACAAUUUUUUUCUACGUAGCUGUCCACAUUUAAGUUUUGUAAGUGAUUUGAGCAAAGUCGGUGGAUUUGAGGUCCAUUGUAGUUUCGUGCAAAUUGUUUCUAUAGCUUUUCCCAGCCCCGGUUUUGUAUAGUGAUGUCGUUUUCAAAGGCCACUACUUUAAACGGUUUGAUUUUUUUUUUAAACACAGCCGAACUGGAUCUACCAAUGCCAAACCCUAUGGACGACCGUCUGCGCGUGGUGGCCGUGAUACAUGCUUUGAAAGCAUCUGGUGUUCGCGUGAAAAAUUGGAAGAACCUCUUCAAUGGGCCAUACACGAGUGGCCCUGUCAGACCGAUGGAUGUCUUUCAGGAGAACCAAUCUCAAUUUGCCUUUGGUCGGGACCUGAUCUUGCUGCCCCAGUGCCAUUUAACUGAUAUGAGUGGGACAGUGCCAAAGUUCUUGGUGGAUGCCUGUGAAUUUUUAUCCCAGCAUCUUCAUACUGAAGGGCUGUUUCGAAAGACGGGGUCGUUGAGUCGGAUCCGUGCUUUGAAGGCUGGCCUGGAGCAGGGGGAGCCAGUCUUUUCUCUGCCACAUUCAGCCACUCUGCAGUCCUGUGAUGUGGCGUCUCUUGUGAAGCAGUUCUUACGGGAGUUGCCCUCUCCCCUCAUCCCUAUGGAUCUACAGGUGCCACUGUGCUGUGCACAGGGCUUAGAGGAGGAGGGGGGCCAGGAGCAGGGUAAAGAUGGAGUCACUCUUCUUCUUACAGCCCUGUUCCCUCUUUCUCAUUCACGGGCCCUCCGAUACUUCUGCACUUUCCUGAGACAGACAGCUCAAAGAUGUGAAGAGAAUCGUAUGGAAGUGGGCAAUCUGGCCCUUGUGAUUGCACCUAAUUUGCUACAUUGUCCAGCUGGGGGCUCUAAACUGACCGCAAGCACAGAGAGACAACUGGAUAGACAAGCAGCAGUGAUCAAGACGCUCAUAAUACAUGCAGAUCGUAUCGGUGUCGUUCCCCCUUCUAUUAUGGACAUGGCAACUGUAGCAGAGUCGGGUGAAUCCACUACACCCCCAGUUGACGGAGGGAGGUUUCAGGAGAGGGCAGGACUUGGUGUGUAUAGAAGUUUAAGACGUCAAAGGAGGCGCAGUGUUGGAGAGAUAUUUGUGGAUGCUCUCAGUAAAUUCAAGACAGGCCGCACACACACUGGCCCUUCACAUCCCACAGACGGCCAGCAAAAUACAAAGACAUCUCACCACACCACACCUCAAUCACCAGUCACAUCCAAACGAAAAUCGAGCGAAGAGACUGUCCCUGAUGUAGAGGGCUCUGCUAAAAAAAGACGCUCUAUCCAUGACCUAAGAGAAGACAACCAAUCCAUCAGCAAACUACACUCAAAUGAUUCCGAGUCGGCAGUCGGCCAAAGCCCUUCCAGUACUCACACCUCUGUCCUGAGUGUAGUGGAGGGCAGUAGGGAGCGGGAGAUGUCUGUCACUCUCAGUGCCUCAGAGAAGAGGAGGAAUCACAAAAAAUAUCAUAAAACAUCAAACAAGCAUCCGGUGCAAGAUGACAAGGCUCAUCGAAGGAGAUCUCUCAGAUUCUUCAACAUGCCAAGCUGGAGCAGCCCUAACUCUUCCCCCACACCCAUUGGGAAUGACACUGAGAAUUGGAUCAUGGGCAGUAGGACGGUAUCUGAUGGUAUGACUGAAGCAUCCAGCUCUGAGGCUAGACUGUACAGGAUUCCUGUCAAAAUGAUUGAUGGCCCUGGACGAGUUCUAGUGGGGAAUGCGAUGGAGGCUAAACCUGAUCUGCUGAACUACAGCUUUGCUGAAAAUCUUGAUGACUUCCUGGAUCUCGCGACAUUGGACUCGCCUACCGGGACAGAAGAUGGGGUUUCACAUGAAUGCUCUGGGCUCAAGUUGGAAAAGGAGACAAUAGAGGAAACAGCUUCAUACUGUCUAACUAACAGUGUAUUUAGGAGUCCGGAGCAGGUUGGGAUAAAAGAAGAGAUGGGUCUAAGUAAGAAGCUGUCAACAGUGGAUAUGUCUGACAGGGUUGGUCAGAAGCCCCGUCGCCCUCGUCGCUCCAUCAGUAUGCCAGAGGUGACAUUGGACCAACUGAGGAUUCAAGAUGAAAUAGACAAGAAGGAGAAAACAGAGAAAGACGAUGGCGUCUUUGAGUACACUUGGGUUAUGGUAGAGGAACCCCAACAAGCCAGAACCAGAACUGUGGUAGAUGAAGGGCUGGGUAGAGGAAUGGAUGAAGCAGAAGAGUUGGAAGAAAAACCAUUGGUGAAGAAAGAGAAGAUGACAGAGUCAGGACUCAGGUUUAAGAGGACACACCAGCGCCUGUCUUUAGCAGAGCAGCUCAGGCGUUUCAAUGCUCUGGCAACACUGCUCCGUAGCUCCAGGUUUCCUCCCCAGCCCCCUGAACCCCAGCUCAACGAUGUCCUGCAUGAGAGUCAGCGGGAAGGGGGUCAGAGGAGCGUUGUACGUCGACAGGGAGAAAGGCGGUUUGGACGCUCCAUCAGUCACGAUGGUGUUCCCGGAUCUUUUCCAGGACAAGUUCCUAAAAAUCAGCAGGAUGAGCCAGGGGUUUUUCAAAGCCCCAGUGAGACAGUUCUAUGUUCACCACCAAAGCCAACUCUAAGUCUUUAUCAAUUUGCCCAAGGGGGGCAGAAUGAAAUCCAACAUACUCCAGAUCCUCAACUACAACAGGAUAACCCCUUGCAAACCCUCCAGUAUUUGUGUACUCCUCCAUCACUAAAUCCAAAGUUGAACCAGGAAUCUCACCAAAGGCAAUUUAACAAAUCACAACUGCAUCUCAGGGAAAGCCAACUGAAACUGUUGGAGGAACAAUACACAGAGUCAGGUCUGCAUGACCUGCUGGAGAUGCACUUGAAUAUAUGUGAUCCAAUGGAGGAGCAAGGGCAAUACCUUACAGUUCCAAUGCAGUUUGAUAGACCGUCUCAGACAGACACUAUCUUAGAUGUUCUACCUCAGACCAUGGUCCCCCUACAGCAGAAGCCCGAAACUACUGAAGUCAAACUUCCUCUCCCUUUUCCUUUAACCCCUCCUCUCUCUCAAACAGAAACAUGCUCUCCCAGUCCCAGUAUACCCUCUUCCACAACGAUAGACAGAACAUCAUCAACUGUCACGGCUUUUGACUUUAUAGAGGUCGACAGAGGGGUCAGUGAGAGGGAUGGGUGUUCUCUUCCUGUGGAAUUAUCUCCACCUCGAGUCUUGCAGUUCAGUCACCCGGCCACCAGGAGAGGCUACAGAGAUUCACCUCGCUGGCCUAUCCAUGAUAUUAGCAUUGCCACAGGGGACCCCGUUCAUAUAUACCUUGGUGCAGGGGAACCUGUGCAGAUCUGACAUGUACAGGAUAUACAAAGUGGUUCUCUGUUUGUAGUGCUUUGGUUUUGACUAUUAGGGUUUUAAAAUGGGAAAAUAAAACCACACAAAGAAUGGCAUCUGUUGCUUGAUUUAAUUGUGCCAAGUUAUAUUCUCAUUUUUAUUUUAUGAUGUUUUCAUGAGGUUGUUUUUAUUAGUCUCUGUUAUGUUUUGUUAUUAUUGUGUCCGAAGUUGCAUUUGACAUCUCAGACUAUAUUUAAUUUGCUUAAUCU